UUCUGGGCGGAGGUUCAAAAUCACCCGGCAGCUCCUCGGCGCAACUGGCGGCCUGUGCAAAAAUAAAAAAUAUUGUCUAAUGCCUUUUCGAAAAUUGCUAUGGGAUGUUCCUGCUCCGCACACACAUAUCCUUAGCCAUGGAUCAAAUGAAUCCCGAACGAGCUCGCCUUCUGGACACAGGUGGCAGCAGUGCCGGCGCGGCAGCUGGCAAGAGGAGCUUCAAUGACGCGAUGGGCGAUGGCAAUUCUGGGUUCAACAAAAGAGGGAAAUUUGACGGCCGUGGAAGAAGUGCCAGGGGCUUUCAGCGUGGAAGGGGUGGUGGAGGACCGCAGAGCAGUGGUGGUAAUAAUAUUCCUAUUGGGUCGCGCGAGGGGACUGAGUCUCUCGGAUUUGAUGGCAUGGCUGAUGAUGCUCUGGCGAAGCCACAGAAGCGUGCGAAUGAAUUCGUGAAACCUAACGCGAGACCUAAAUUUGGCUCUUCAUCAUCGACACUGGUAGAUGAGCGGGCGUUCGGUUCAGGAGCCGGGGCAUCGAAUACCUCAUCCUCGUUGCCAGAGCAAGUCAAUAGUAACACACAACUACCGGUUUCGGAAAUGGCUGCUAUCGUCUCCAAGGGAAGACAGUCACUACCGCCUGCGCCUAAAAUCCUGCCAGAGCUCGAGACUUUGGUGUUCACUCACACAACAUCAAAUCUGAAGAACAAUUACGAACGACUGGAGUUUCUUGGAGACGCUUAUGUGGAACUUGCAGCCUCCCGUCUCAUCUUCAACCUUCAACGCAAUCUGCCACCUUCAAGAAUGUCAAGGCUGAGGGAAAAGCUGGUUCGCAACACGACCCUGGCUGCAUUCAGCCAAGAGUACGGGUUCGACGUCAAGCUCAAGUAUCAGGGAGACAUAAAGAGCCACAUAUCAGGCUGGACAAAGAUCUUGGGCGAUGUCUUCGAAGCGUACGCUGCGGCUGUUGUACUCUCAAAUCCGGCUACCGGUAUCCUGGAGUUGGAAAAGUGGUUAGCAGUUUUGUGGGCCAAAGAAGUGUCUGACGCUCCAGAGGCAGUUGCCCCCUUGUACGACUUCGGAGAUAAGGUUCAGGAGUUGCAUUUGCUGCUAGACCAUCCAGGCCACCGCCUUCUGAUAGAAUUGACGAAGAGUGAACUAGAUGCAAAGGAAGGCCUGACAACAUAUUGGGUCACUGCCAGUAUCGAAGAUCGCUAUGGAAAACGCCUUCUUGCCAAAGGACAAGGGCAUAGCUUGAAGGAAGCAAAGUAUGAUGCUGCCCUCAAAGCCCUUGCUGACAGGAAUGUAAGCUUCAAUCAAGUCCUUGAGCGCAAGCAAAAAUGGGAGGCUCAGCUGGCAGAAGAGACAGCCAAGAAGGCUGCCACUGGUGACGGAAAAAACGACCCUGUGCUAGUCUACGAGCGCCAGACACGGCAUUUCGAAAAUGCGACCAAACGGGUGACGGCUACCGAAGAAGCACUUGAGAGCUUCCGCAAGCAGCUUGACGCUGAUCCCAGCGAUGAGUCAGCAUUGGCGGGAGUCAAGCGAACAGUCGUGGCUCUUAAGAAAGAAAAGUUGAAGCUCGACCAGGCAGAGAGGAAACUGGCUGAGGCUAAGCUGGCUCUUCCUGCUGAUGUGCCCAGUUCCAAGUCAAAACCUACAGAGAAGGAGAUCAGGAACGGAAAUCAGGAUCAAAGCGACAGCGACAGCGACAGCGACAGCGACAGUGAUAGUGAUAGUAGCAGCGAUGGUGACAACGACAACAUCAAGAACAAGGAAAACGUCAGUGAUAGCGAUAGCGAUAGUGACAGCGACGGCAGCUCGUCGGGGUCAAGCAGCUCUGCCCAAUCAGAGAAAAAGGGGUCAAAGAAGAAAGAGCUCACCAAGAAACAACAGAGGAUCAUCAAUGCUAGGAAGGAAAGGAAGGCACUCAAAUUGGAGAAACGCGAGAAGCGCAAGCCAUAUUUAGAGAAGGCUAAAGAACUCAAGAAGAAGCAAAAGGAGCAGUCCAAGCACAAGGAGAAGGAAACGACAACCAAGAAGGAAAAAAAGACCAAGAAGGAAAGGAAGGAGAAUUGAGCGAAGAAGUCUCCUUAAGGGUGACCAUGGCACCCCGAAGUCUUUCAUGGUCAUUUUAUCCUCUGUUGGAUUGUUAGAGGAUUUACAAAAAACCUGUAUCAUAAGACUUCUUCGU